UUUGUGACUGGCACGUUCUUAAUUCGAAAAUUAAUACGAAUCACAUAAAGCCUGAGCAACUGAGCUUAUUAAUUUAGAGUUAGGGUUAGGGUCGACCGACAAGAGGUCGGGCUCAGCCGUCUAUUAACCAAGUCUCCGCUGAAAAAGCCUGACCUCAUUGUCUCAUCUCUAUCCCAUAAAGCUUCCACCUCUAUUAAACACCUCCAAUUAUAACAUAUUAAGUACUAGCAUGAGAAAAAGAUUGCCCUAAACCUCUCUCUCUCUCUUGCAUGCGCUGACGACACAGUAGACCAGUUUCAUUUUUUUUAUUCCCAACACUGCCCUUUAACCUCCUGGUCCAAAAUCACUUCUAUAAAUACCAACCCUUCCUUCCUUCCACUCAUCACCAAUCUCCAUUUCUUGCUUAGCUAGCGACUUUCUUCUAGUCUUUAACCAAGAAAAUUACCUCAACUUCUAUAGUUGUUGAUUAUCAAAAUGCAUUACCAAACUGAGUCAUGGGGUUCUUACAUGGCCACGAGCAGUUACGGUGAUUCACUGGAGCGCAUAGAGAGGAUGGCGUCGGAGAACGCGGUGGUGAUAUUCAGCAUCAGCAGCUGUUGUAUGUGUCACGCCAUCAAGAGGCUCUUCUGCGGCAUGGGGGUCAAUCCAACGGUGUACGAGCUCGACGAGGAUCCCAGAGGAGGCAAGGACUUGGAGAAGGCUCUGAUGAGGAUCUUGGGGACCUCCAACGCUGUGCCGGUGGUCUUUAUCGGUGGGAAGCUCGUCGGAACCAUGGACAGAGUCAUGGCCUCGCACAUUAAUGGCUCGCUCGUCCCUCUUCUCAAAGAGGCUGGGGCUCUCUGGCUCUGAUUAAGAGGACUUCUAGCUCUUUUCAUCAACAAAAACUAAAUGAUCACUUAUAACAUAGCGCAAAUUAAGUAAGCAAGGAAUGCAGAGGAAGAGGAGUGAAGAAGUUUGUGAGUUUCACCCCCUCCACAUCUUGGGAGACACUAAUCACUAAUUUAAUCCAUGUCUCAUUAGCUAGCUACUAGUUCUUAUGAAUAAUUUUCUUUUCCGAGUUUUAUGUUCUGUUUUUUAGCUUUUCCGGGAUCUCUCUUUCUAGAGUCUAGAAAUGGGUGUGUUGGACUGCCUUUUGAGUACUGUUUUUUUUAUGGUUUUACCAUGGGCGUUAGUUCGGUGGGAAUGUAACUUCUCCCUCUGUAUACAAGAAAAGUGCAAAAAAAAAAAAAAAAAAAAAAAGAUUAGUUUUGCUUACAUGAAUUAAUCUUCGGUUUUGUCUUUGUCUCUGACUUUAUAUAUUUGCACAGUUGCUCAACACUAGAUUUUCAAGUUAAUUUUAGUUUGCUGCAGUGGCGUAUCCAGGAUCGGAAUAAGGGUUGGGCUGGAUUUAAGUGCAUACAAAUUUUGCAAGCUCGUAAUUUUUUUUUCUUUUGAGGUUUGGAACCCAGUGGGAGGCUCAUCCUCACGCCUUUAAUAUUAUCAUUCAAAACAUGAAAUAGGGGGGGACAUAAAACCAAAACCCCUUAAAUUAAAAGUUACAAGCAUAAACUUGUUGUAAAAUAAUAAAAACUAACUAAAUCGUACCCUCCGAGGUCCACUCAUUUCAAACUCAGCAAUCACAACAAAAAACAAAAACUAAGCAACUGAAAUCAACCACAUAUAAUAUUGCAUAUUUCAAACAUCCAUAUUUAAUAUUGCAAGCUUCCAAUUAUCCAAUAGCCACCGCAAUUCCGCAAACCAAUUAAUCCACCGCAAAGCAACUAAUAUACCGAUUAUCAUUUAUCAAUAGCCCAUCCGCCAUCCCUAUCACAUAUUUCAAACAUCCACUGCCUCCAAGCAAUUAAUUAAGCAGAGAAUUAGAAAGAGAGAACUCACAGGAAUGACACGAUUUGGAAAGAUUUCAGACUUUUGCCAUUCAAUGAUCUCUUACGAAGUUCCGGUCUUUCGAUUACUUCAAUUGAAGCCUCUGAAAUUCAAAGCUCACAGUCAAUUGCAAGCAAAACCCAUCAAUGGGGCUUGGGAGAGAUGAAAUUAGAACUUAGAAAUACCUUUAUGUGGGUGAUCUGGAGCUAAUCGGGUUGGAGCCUUGGAGGAACUCAGGAAGAGGAACUGACGAAGUUCGGAACUGAUGCUCGGUCGGAGGAAGAGGAACUGAGAGGAACUGAGGUCUGAGGAAGAGGAAAGGAACUGAGGAACUGAGGAAGUCAAGAUUCAAUAAGAGGAGCUACUCUCUUAUUUUUUUAAGAGGAACUGAUGUCUGUCGGCUACUCUCUCUCUCUGG